AUGUCAGCCCCACAACCUCAAGCUGUGCUGACUGCACACUGGCCCAGGAUCCCAUCUGUCCCCCUGCUCACUCCUGUCUGCACCUCAACCCUGGUCAUCAUGCAAGGGAUGCAUGAGCUCUGCCAGCCUGAGAGAGUCUUUCAGGAUCCAAGAAAGGAAGAGGGCCUGAUGGAGGCACAGUUCAUUGGGAAGAAUGAGCUGGUGCAAUUCCUGCUCAGCAGGUGUCUUGCCAAGGAGCUGAUCACAAAGGCAGAAGUGCUGAACAGUGUGCUCAAAGAUUACCAGGACCAUUUCCUGGUGGUCUUCGUUCAAGCCUCAGAGUAUUUGCAGCUGGUCUUUGGCUUGGAGGUGAAGGAGGUGGACCCCAGUGAGCACACCGAUAUCCUGGUCCCCUCCCUGGGCCUCACCCUCAGUGAGAUGCUGAGCGAUGGGCAGAGGUUGCCCAAGGCCGGCCUCCUGGUGGUGAUCCUGUGCCUGAUCGCUGUGGAGGACGGCCAUGCCCCUGAGGAGGAGAUCUGGGGAGCACUCAGCAGGAUGAGGGUGUGUCUCGAAGAACACUUCAUCUAUGGGGAGCCCAGGGAGCUGCUCACCCAAGUGUGGGUGCGGGAGGGGUACCUGGUGUACCAGCAGGUGCCUGAUGAAGACCCUGCUUGCUAUGAGUUCCUGUGGGGUCCCCAGGGCUAUGUGGAGACCAGCAAGUUUAAAGACCUGGAAUAUCUGGACAGAGUUGGUUGAAGGGGUCCCAGCUCCUUCCAACCCCUCUGCAAAGGCUGCGAGGGAGGAGGAAAGAGGACUCUGAGCCAGAGCAGCAGCCAGGCUCCUUCUGGGCCCAUGUCCAACAGCUUGUCCUAGGGGGCAGGAAAGGAGGCUGAUUCUUCCCUUUGUUAUUGAAGAGGAAACAGUCAGCCUUCUCAGCAGUGAAGGUCCGGGCCCGUUGGGGGAACCCGGUGUGUGGCAUCUUUGUGUUCCUGUUCUCUACAAUCACAUGGAGGCUCAU